AAAUUAUUAUAAACAACAUGGCGGUCAUCGUGAAAGUCCCAGAAAAAAAUUUGUGGUCAGAAAUAUGCAAAGAUUUUGAUUCAAAACGCCCACCAUUUCGAGAUGAUGAUGAACAGUCCGUAAGAACAGAAUAUAUUGAUUUUGAUCCUUCCAAACACACACCUGUCUUCUAUGGGAAGAUGCAUGAAAAAGUUUUGGCUGAUGCCGACCCUAUCAUGGACAUAGAUCCUGCUACUGCUCAUCCAGCUUGUGCAGGAUUUGCAUUUACAGAUAAACCUCCAGCUUCUCCUCCCCCUCCUCCUCCUGAUGCACCAAAUAAGGAUAAAUGUAGUCCUCGUGAAUAUUUGGAACAUUAUGUAUUUCCAUGGUUAUUACCUGCCUUAGAAGAUAUGCUAAGACAAGCCAAAAAAGAAAAAUGUCUUGAGAGAAAAAGAACAAAAUUCAAUGCAUUAGAUUAUCUCACAGAAACAUUAUAUAAAAAGAAUCCUUUACACAAAGACAGAGAAAAUGUAACAUUAGAAGAAAUCCCAUUUGUCAAGGAAUGGUUGAAGGAUCAUCCUAGACCACCAUUACCAUUGUCCCUGAUCUGGACAGAGGACGAGGCAACACAAAUUAUACAGAAUUACUGGAGAGGUUUCCUGGUACGAAAAGAUCCUGAAGUUCAGGAAUUACGACAGUGGCAGAGAGAAUGGCGGGAGGAAACUGGUGGUAUACAGGAUAAAGUUAGCCAAUUUUGGGAUAAGAAAAUGCCAGGAUGGGACACACCAACACCUAAUGCAUCUGAAGACCAAUUAAAUAAAGAAGAAGACAAUGCUCCUAUAACUGUUAAAUCUCCUUCACAACAGACAUAAAUUAUUGUUAGAUGUUAUAAAUGACUGUGAUCUUUGUAUAUAAUAUAUUUAUUAUCAGUUUUUA